AGUCACAACUCCUCAGUGCCAGACAAAGGCGGCAGCCCAAAAACCACACACACACAUUUAAACAAAAAAAACGACUGCUUCCGGAACAAUCUCCUGCAUUCUGAGCUGAGUUUUGGAUGCUCUGACUUGCCUUCACCUCUGGAGCUGAUUGUGUGUCAGAAUUUAUUCUCCAACUUGGGACCGUUGUUGGACUUCAGCAGUGGGAAAAAUCUCCAUUGGAUUUCCUUUCCUGUCUUGUGGCUGCACAAAAUGUUUCACCCGUAGUUCAGGGAGGCAUUAGCUACCUGCUGGUUUUAGGAUGACUGCUACCAACACUUUGAUGCUGCAGAGUUUCUUCUAAUUGUGUGAAUGUGUGUGUAUCAGGAUGACUGUUCCAAUGCUCAAGAUUGGUGCUGUGCUCAGCACCAUGGCUAUGGUAACUAACUGGAUGUCCCAGACUUUGCCGUCGCUCGUUGGACUCAAUGGAACCAUCAUCUCCCCUGAUGGCACACACGAGCGGAUCAUCAGUUGUUUUUAGAGAGGCUUUGCAGCCAAAUCACUGUGACAGGCUGGCGAACAUCAGAUUGAGCUCAGCGGUUCGUCUUCAUUGUUCUAAAACGCUAGGAUUGUACCCUGGCUCAGAGGAAGGCUGGCAAGUGUACAGCACGGCCUCAGAUCCGGACGGCCGGUGUGUGUGCACGGUAGUCGCCCCUGCUCGAAACCUGUGCAAACGAGACCCCCGGAACCAACAGCUACGCCUGCUGACUGAACAGGUGCAUUACCGCCACCUACUGGUGCAGAAUGUGAGUCAGUCCAUGGAGGUGGUGCACCUGCGAACAUCAAGAGACCUUCAGUAUGUUCGAGACUCUGAGCCGCUGCUGAGGGGAGUUGAUGGUCACUUACACACGUAUGUGGCCAGUCCCCGCACUCUAACUUCUAAGACCCUCCAGGAGUUAAAGGGCCAGAUGUCUCAGCUGCGGCCCCUGUUGUCGGUGGUGGAGCAGUACAGAUUGGACUUGCAGAUGCUGGCUACCUUGCGAAUGGAGCUGCUCAACCUAUCGAUCAUCCUGACAGCCAUUCAGGAGGAGGUUGGAGCAUAUGACUAUGAAGAACUUCAGCAAAGGGUGUUACUGCUGGAGACCAGGCUGCACAGCUGCAUGAACAAACUGGGUUGUGGUCGCCUGACUGCAGUUAGCAACCCGAUCACUGUGAAAUCAUCAGGGUCCCGCUUUGGCUCCUGGAUGACUGAUGCCAUGAUUCCCAGCUCUGACAGCAGGGUGUGGUCAAUGGAUGGCUACUAUAAAGGCAGGCGUGUGCUGGAGUACAGGACCAUGGGAGAUUUUACGAAAGGCCAGAACUUUGUCCAGCAUCUGUUGCCCCAUCCCUGGGCAGGAACUGGCCAUGUUGUCUACAACGGCUCACUCUAUUACAACAAGCACCAGAGCAACAUUCUGGUUCAGUACCAUUUCCGUUCUCGCAGUGUGUUGCUGCAGCGCAGUCUGAGUGGGGCUGGAUACAACAACACCUUCCCCUACAGCUGGGGAGGAUCGUCUGACAUCGACCUGAUGGCUGAUGAGACGGGACUAUGGGCUGUCUACACCUCCAUCCCAAAUGCAGGAAACAUAAUGGUUAGUCGCCUGGAUCCUCGUUCCCUGGAAAUCCUCCAAAGCUGGGACACAGGGUUCCCGAAACGCAGUGCUGGGGAGGCCUUCAUGAUUUGUGGCACCCUGUACGUCACCAACUCUCACCUGGCUGGCGCGAAAGUCCACUUUGCCUACAACACCAACACCUCAACAUACGAGUAUACUGACAUCCCCUUUCAUAACCAGUACUCCCACAUCAGCAUGAUGGACUACAACCCCAGAGAAAGGGCUCUGUACACCUGGAACAAUGGGCACCAGGUGCUCUACAAUGUUACCUUGUUCCAUGUCAUCCAGAGCGAUGGCUAAUAUGACUCAAUGGAAGAUGAUAAAAAUGUAUUUGAUACUGCAAGUUCAAACACGCACAGACACAGACUUUGGUCAUUCACACUGUGUUUAAAUCUGAAUGACCUACAGACACAAUAUGUUAUGGGACACUUGCCUGAAGGUCACAGAUGAGUUUUUAUCACAGCACUAAUGCUGGAAAGAGAUUUGGCAGUUUUUAGCUCAGUCUUAUUUCAUUCUAUUUUAUUCAAUUGAUACUGUAUAUCAGGAGGGAAUAAGAUGGAGUGGAGAGAAGGGGGCAAAUGAAAAACAUAACUACAGACAGAAAACAGGAUUUUACGUCACUGUAGCAUCAAGUUUUGGCAAUGAGCCUGUUGGAGAUAUUCGGGGCUUGUAAUGUAAUUUGUGGACAUGUUUAGUCAGCAUGGUUGUUCAAUCAAUAAACUUUACUGUUAAAUCUUGC